UGUAGAAAGAAGCAGCAGAGGCAACCAAGCAAGCCAUGAGAAAUGUAAAGAUUUUAUAACAUUUAAAGUACAAACACUAUAAGCAAUAUUAUAAUACACCGACAAUCAGAAUUUGUGCAGUCGCAGCAGCGUACCCGAAACAUUUGCACAGUCUCGGAGACAACAAGAACGAACGAUUUAACAUCAUUUUUUCUUGGUUUUUUUUUUCGAUUGUGUUUGGUGUGCCAAUUGUGCUGAAGCUAAGCGCCUGAGAGAGGGAGAGGAAGAGCGAGUGAGAGAGAGAGAGAGAGAGAGAGCGAGAGAGAGAGAGAAAUGUCGCAUACCAUUUUGCUGGUGCAGCCGGGCGCACGUCCAGAGACGCGCACAUAUUGCGACUAUGAGAGCGUCAACGAGUGCAUGGAGGGCGUCUGCAAGAUCUAUGAGGAGCACCUGAAGCGGCGCAACCCGAACACGCCGACAAUCACCUAUGACAUCAGUCAGCUGUUUGACUUUAUCGAUACACUAAUUGACAUUAGCUGUUUGGUCUAUCAGAAGAGCACCAACACAUAUGCGCCCUACAACAAGGACUGGAUCAAGGAGAAGAUCUAUGUGCUGCUGCGCCAGGCCGCGUUCAGUCCGAAUGCCUAAAUCAAAAUCAGCCCAAACCAAAUACCAACAACAACAACAACAGCAGCUGCAACAACAAAAUAUCGAAAUAGAGAAGCGAAUCCACAAAUGAAUCAAGUUGUUUCAAACUUAUUUCUUUGUAUAAAAAAAAAGAGAAAAAACGAAACGAAAAAAAAAAGCCUAAUAAUAAUUAAUUAAUAAUUGCAACAAACAACUCGAAACAUUACGUAUUUGCGGAUUUUCUUUUCCAAUUUCCAAACUAACAUAAGGCAAAUGGCAAAUGCUCUACAAAAUGAUGAUAAAUGCGAACCUUAAUUUUUUUGUAUUGUAACGAUAAUAUAAUGUAUGUAUAUGUAUAUA